CCCUCUUUCAGACAAACGCCCCACUGUCCACCAGUGACGCCCAGGCAGUCAGAGUGUACGGGCCCCGCCACAUGCGCCCUCACACCGGGUCCCUACCAUCCGUUUAUUGGCAGCAGGAGACUUGUUGUUGUUACCGAGUACUACUAAUGGAAAUCUCGGUGUUUAACAGCCGAUAGGAACCGGAGGUUUCAGGAGCGCUCUGUCGGAGCAGGACAACAUCAUGAAGUUGGCGGUCCUCUUCCUCCUCCUGUCGGUGUUCUGCCCGCUGUUCCUCGCCACCAACGCCGCUCCAAAUAGGUUUGUGUCCUUAGCGGAGAUGGAGGACACCCUACUAAAGAACCUUUUCCAAGGCUACCAGCGUUGGGUCAGGCCCAUCCAGCGGCCAAACGAUACUGUUAAAGUACGCUUUGGACUCAAGAUCUCCCAGCUGGUCGAUGUGGAUGAGAAAAACCAGCUAAUGACAACUAACGUUUGGCUGUGUCAGGAGUGGAUCGAUUACAAGCUGCGAUGGAAUCCAGAGCGAUAUGGAGGAAUCACUUCCAUCCGAGUUCCCUCUGAAAAUAUCUGGCUCCCAGACAUCGUCCUUUAUGAGAAUGCUGAUGGGCGGUUUGAAGGCUCCUUGAUGACCAAAGCCAUUGUUAGGUACACUGGUGCCAUCACCUGGACGCCACCUGCAAGUUACAAAUCUGCUUGCGCCAUGGAUGUCACCUUCUUCCCUUUUGACCGCCAGAACUGCUCCAUGAAGUUUGGCUCCUGGACCUACGAUGGCAACAUGGUGGACCUGGUUCUGAUGGACAACCAGGUAGAUCGGAAGGACUUCUUUGACAAUGGGGAGUGGGAGAUCCUUAGUGCCACUGGUGCCAAAGGGAACCGGAAGGAUGGCUUGUAUUCAUACCCCUUCAUUACAUAUUCCUUUAUCCUAAAGAGGUUGCCGCUGUUCUACACACUUUUCCUCAUCAUUCCUUGUUUGGGUUUGUCCUUUCUGACAGUCUUGGUGUUUUACCUUCCCUCAGAUGAAGGAGAGAAGCUGUCGCUCUCCACCUCUGUCCUAGUGUCACUCACUGUGUUCCUCCUGGUCAUAGAGGACAUCAUACCCUCCUCCUCCAAGGUGAUCCCACUCAUUGGAGAGUAUCUGCUCUUUAUCAUGAUCUUUGUCACACUCUCAAUCAUCGUCACGGUCUUUGUCAUCAACGUGCACCAUCGCUCCUCUGCCACCUAUCACCCCAUGUCGCCAUGGGUUCGCAAUCUCUUCCUCCAAGAGCUACCGAGGUUGCUCUGCAUGCGAGGACACACUGAUCGCUACAACUACCCAGAGCUGGCUCCUGAAAGUCCUGAGUUGAAGCCUCGCUCUGGAGGUCGGAGAGGAGGCCAGAGGACCAACACCGGAGUCCAUGGACAGAUGGUUUCUGAGGGGACAGAGGAUGAAGCCUGGGCGACCAUGUUGGAGAAGGCCAUAUAUUCAGUGCGCUACAUAAGCAGACACAUCCGCAAAGAGCACUUCAUCCGUGAGGUGGUACAAGACUGGAAGUUUGUGGCCCAGGUGUUAGACAGGAUCUUCCUUUGGGCUUUCCUAACAGUUUCAGUGCUGGGCACCGUCCUCAUCUUCACUCCAGCGCUGCAAAUGUUCCUAAAAAUAUCUCCCCCACCUGCAAGUGAGGAUGCACCUUCAAACUAGUAGCAAUUGCAAACACCUUUCACUGGAAAGUGAUGAUCCAGCUUCAGAAAUGUAUAAAACAUUUGUUACCACUGAGUAAGAGGAAGGAGUUUUCUUUAAAGGCUUAUUUCAUCUCUUUGCUUUUUAGUUGUCUAGAGUCAAUGUGUAAAAUGUAAAUGUUCUGUUAUGUCACAUAAUAGUAUCAAAUUUUAUGCAAAUAAGGGAAUUUAGUACACAUGGGUACAGAUGUGUUGCUUUUCAACUUGUUGAUUGCAAAGUCACAAAAUGUCAAGCUCACAGUGGGUUCAAGUAGCAUGCAGCUAUCAGUGCACGGUCAUCCACACUACACUGCACUGUUUUUGAGCUAAAAUUAAAGUAGCAAAAAAAUCCAACCAGCUUCAUUCAGCAUAAAAUGAAGCUAUAAACAAUGCACUAAAAACUGCCUUGAAUCAUUUCUUAUCUGGCCUCAUUAUUGUUUUAUGUUUCUAAGGGAUAUUGCCUUUGGUCUGAUGUUGUUGUGGUGAACCCAGCUGCAAAACCGUCCUCUCUUAGACUCCACAGUUUAACAACCAAAUAAAUAAAUAAAUAAUACUUAAAAAUGUUAUUGUUGAACUACAUAUUAGUUCAACAACACUUCACUUCAUAUAUAACCAGUAAUAUCUACCACAGUAAUAAGAGUGAGGGUUGCUCUUGUUAUCACAUACCUGAAGCACAAUAGGGCUCUUAAUGUAACCACUUCUUAGUGGUACAAUAUAUUGUGAGAAAAAGAAGUGAACAAUAUUUUAACAACCUUACACAUUCAUCACCACAUUCUAACACUUUUGCUGUUUCUUUGAAUUCACUAGGAAAUGAAGACAAUAGGCGACUGGUCAGAGCUCUAACAGUGUAUGUCUGAACACCUCACUACCUUUACCACAGUUAUUUACAUAGUGUGUGUCUGUCUCAUCCACCUCCAGGAUAGCAUUUGUUAUAUUUUGGCCAGUAGUUAGAAACCUCAGUAAAAUAGGAACAUAGGAUAAAAAUGUUAUAGACAUUUCUUUGUUAAAAU